CGUGAACGCACCACACGGGUCCUGUUGCAACUACGGCGGAUUAGCGACGCGCUGUUGCGUUUAAUGGGAGCGUUUUUAAACUAAAUGAAGUUUGAUUCGUCUUUUAUAAUAGUUUGCUGUUACCGUUACACACCCGAGUGUGGUACGCGUCUGAAAGUGUCCGCAGAGGGAAAUGACGUGACAUCAAGUUAAAGCCGAGGUUUCAUCAGCACUUCUCUAACAGACGGACCGAAGUUUACUACAGUUUCCUCGAUAACAAAAGAGCUCCGCUUUUCCUUUUCUGUUGCUGUUCGACGUCACGGCCUGGUUGAAGGCUUGGGGACGACUUUAAACAUGCCAUACAUCCAUAUCUGCUGUGCUUUUCUUGUACACGGACACGGAGCACGGAGAGGGGCCGUCUGAGUAAUCGACUCAUUCAGACCUGUGCUCGAAUAAAACCUUUAAUCACCUAAAUGUAAAGGAUCUGUUGGCUUCAAGCUGUCAUGGAUAUGUUUCCCCGGCCAAGCGGUGAGAUCCAGAGGAGGAACCCCCAGCACGACUUCGAGCUCAUCCAGAGAGUGGGAAGUGGAACAUAUGGAGACGUUUACAAGGCUCGAAACAUCCAAACAGGAGAACUUGCUGCUGUCAAGAUUAUAAAACUAGAACCAGGAGAUGACUUUUCCAUCAUUCAGCAGGAAAUCUUCAUGGUGAAGGAAUGCAUGCACCAGAAUAUUGUGGCCUACUUUGGGAGCUACCUUUGUCGAGAGAAGCUGUGGAUCUGUAUGGAGUACUGUGGUGGAGGAUCUCUGCAGGAUAUUUAUCAUGAGACAGGACCUCUGUCAGAAAUUCAGAUUGCAUAUGUCUGCAGAGAGACUCUACAGGGUUUGGGUUAUCUGCACAGCAAAGGCAAGAUGCACCGUGACAUCAAGGGYGCCAACAUACUUCUAACAGAUAACGGAGACGUGAAGUUAGCUGACUUUGGAGUUGCAGCCAAAAUAACAGCAACCAUUGCCAAAAGAAAGUCUUUCAUUGGAACACCUUAUUGGAUGGCUCCAGAGGUAGCAGCUGUAGAAAAGGUCUGCCGCUUUCCAUAACUUUGUUAAAGUUUCUCUCACAAAAAACCCAAAGAAGCGCCCCACAGCUGACAAACUUCUAUCGCAUGUGUUUGUGGCUCAAACGGGGUUGACAAGGAGGCUUGCAGUCGAUCUCCUCGACAAAGUGAACAACCCAGAUCACCACCAACAUUACGUUGGAGGGGACGAUGAUGAUGACUUUGAGAUCCUCCCUGAUGUCAGACACACCAUUCGACCCACCCCCAAACAAGGCAAAUCUGAGGGGUCCUAYGCAGACUUUGACAAGAUACAGAUCUCAAAGGAAACUGAAGCUAAUUCUGAAAUGGAUGUGAGUAAAGAUAAUGACUUCCCUUCCCGCUGGAGUCCUUUAACAGAUGGAGGAAUAACCAGGAGCCUUCUGAAAAGUGUUGAGGAUGAAUUGUUCCAACGCGGACACAUGGCCUAUCUGGAAGAUGCCUUUGAAGAUGUAGAAGUGUCAACAAUCAAGCCCUGUGUUCCCCCUCCUCUGCCCCCGAAGCCACGGGCCAACUGUUCAUCAGAGGAGCURGGAGUAAACGAUGAGAGGUCUCUGACAGUUUGCAGGUUUCCUAACUCRGAGAACGGCUCGAGCCAAGCGGCUCGCAGGCAGAGCACACCCGAGCAGCGCAGCAAGGCGGAGCAUGCCUCUGCUGACUUCCUGUCAGCCAGUGUCAGCAGCCCAGGAUAUUUGUCUCACGCCUCCGAUUCUGAGGAUUCUGAUGGAAGUGGAGGUGGUUCUAAACCACAGCCGCAGCACCGGAAGGAGAAAAAGGAAUUUCCUAAACCAGCGAUAAAUGGCCUUCCACCCACUCCUAAAGUAUUGAUGGGAGCCUGUUUCUCUAAAGUGUUUGAUGGCUGUCCGUUGAAGAUCAACUGUGCCACAUCCUGGAUUCAUCCAGACACCAAAGAUCAGUACCUGAUCUUUGGAACAGAGGAUGGGAUCUACACGCUGAAUCUUAACGAGCUUCAUGAGGCCACAAUGGAGCAGCUUUUCCCAAGGAGGUGUACGUGGCUGUACGUUAUCAACAACAACCUGAUGUCGUUGUCAGAAGGGAGAUCUUUCCAGUUGUACUCCCAUAAUCUCAUCGGGUUGUUUGAGCAGCUGAAGAAGUCUGGUUUGGUUGCUCAGUUCCAGACACAUCACUUCCCUGACAAAUCCUGGCUAAGGCGGUUUGCUUUGACAACAAAGAUCCCUGACACAAAGGGCUGUCACAAAUGCUGCAUUGUAAGAAACCCGUAUACAGGCCACAAGUACCUGUGUGGGGCCCUUCAGUCUGGGAUCGUCCUGUUGCAGUGGUAUGAGCCCAUGCAAAGGUUCAUGCUCAUAAAGCACUUUGACUUUCCGCUUCCCAGCCCGCUGAAAGUGUUUGAGAUGCUGGUGGUCCCGGAGCAGGAGUACCCUCUGGUGUGUGUCGCCAUCAGCCAGGGCACCGAGCCAGGCCAGGUGGUCCGUUUUGAGACCAUCAACCUUAACUCUUGUUCCUCCUGGUUCACAGAAAUGGGAACAAGUGAGUCAGGCAAUCAGCAGGUGGAUGCCAUCCAUGUCACACAGCUGGAGAGAGACACGGUGCUGGUGUGUUUGGACAAAAACAUAAAGAUUGUGAAUCUCCAAGGCAAACUUAAGUCCAACAAGAAACUGGCUUCUGAGCUCAGCUUUGACUUCUGCAUUGGAGCUGUUGUGUGCCUUCAGGACAGCGUCCUAGCCUUCUGGGAACAUGGCAUGCAGGGAAAGAACUUCAAGUCUAAUGAGGUGACUCAGGAGAUUUCUGAUCCAAGCAGAGUCUUCCGCCUCCUUGGCUCUGACAGGGUGGUGGUGUUAGAGAGCCGGCCGACCGACAACCCCACAGCCCUGAGCAACCUGUACAUCUUAGCAGGUCAUGAAAACAGUUACUGAUCCUGAACACGAGGAGGUCUGGGCUUUGGGAGAACCCUCCAGAGUUGGGCCUACAGCUGCUUUGAACAGAUUACUGGGAGCUUAGUUGCUGGUCUGCAGUCCCACAGCUCUGACUGUAGCAGAACAAAACCAGACUGGUUUGAACUGGACCCAGAGAACCAAUAACAGCUCAAACAGUACCUAGCAUUGUGAUUACUUCCUGGACUGUGAACUGAGUUCUGUAGAGGUGUUAUUGACAAAAGUGCCAUUAAACUACACAACAGAUGUGAUUGUAUCAGGAAACAAUGGGAGAAUAACAGUUGUUGUGUUUAACAUGUUGAACUGAAUGAUUAGCAGUGAGCUUUGGGAGCUUUUACACAUUAGUUUAAACUCAUGAGCCGUUUGGGUUUUUACACCAAUAUUUAUUAAGCUGAUGUUUGGUGUUCAGGUGGUGACAGAGUGAUGGAGCUGAAUCCUCAGCAGCUCUGGGUUUGUUUUUUAUUUUACUGCUUUGUAAUAUAGUUUCUCCUGCUCAGCUGCAUUUUUACUACUUGGAUAUAAUGUACGUUUUCUCUUCACCCUCUUCUUUUAUUGACUUUAACUUUCUAUUAUUUGCACCAUUUCAGCACUUUUGUACAUUUUUUUAUUUAAAAUAAAAUGACAAAAUGAGGGACAAUGCUAGGUUUUAUUAACAUCUCUGCAUUCCCUUUGCAAAACGUUUAAUGUAUACUUUUUUUGUAAUAAAAAUAUUUUAACAUGGUAAA